AUGCAAGAAGAGGAAGGCGGAGAAAACAGCUACACCGGUGAAGAAGGCCAAGACGACGUCGACAGCGUUUACCAAUAUUCCACUGAUACAAAUUCGGAAUGCUAUGGAAAUAGAGAAGUUGAGCGUGGACAAUCUGUCCCACGUCACUCAACUUUUGACGGAUUUCAAACUGAAGGUGGGCACUCAAUUUCACAUUUCAGUUUGGAUAGUUUUGAUAUCUCUAUGGCACCCGGAACAUUUUUCCACACUGAUGAACCCAAAGAAAUGGACGACUACGAACCUGGCACGCGACGAGCAAUUGGAGGAAUGCAACAUGGAGGAUACUCCGAUGAAGGAGAGAAUCAAGGCCAUGUUGCUCGUGGCUCGCCAAUUUAUGAGCACUUGCUUCGAAGAGUUGUCGAUCGAAUUCGUGACAUCGAUUUUCGAGGCAAUGACCGAUACAUCAGCGAUGUUAUUGUCCCCCGUGGACCUAACGGAGUUGAUGAAGUUGCUAAAGAACUACAAACUAUGUUGCGACAGUUCCCUCCAAAGCUCCCAGUCAUCGUCACAGCCCAUGGCGACCAUGUCCAUUGCGUCCACGUCUGCCGACAGUCAAACUCGGCUUGUCGGUGUAUAUGGUUGCAACGAUCCGUCCUCUAUCGCCAACAUGGACGACGACGCCUUCGAAGACGCGUUUGGGCGAUACGCCUCACGUCGUCGGACUGGGAAAGCAUCGUGCGAUAUUUUUCUACAGACGGCCGGGAACCCCAACAAAUUGACGGCGUCGGUUCCUAUGGAGGAUUACGUGAUGGACGCAAUUUUAUACAAGAAGUCCGAUCUCGAAGGACUCAGGGACCCGAAGGAAAUGUGGAAAUAUGCGUCAAUGAAAUGCCGAACGACGUUCCCAGAGAACUCGGUGCAUUUGCAGAACAUCAAGACGGCAAUGCGAACCACUCUCCCGUUGAUGAAGACAUCGGAUACGAUGAGGGAGGUUCCAAUAUCAAAUCAGUAUGCGUGUACCCAACGUCGCUAAAAAAUUUGUUGUACCAGUAUCCUUGUUGUCCGCCCGACGCGUUCACGAACAUCAAAGAAUUUUAUUUGAACAGUCGAUUAAAUACUAUAUUAGAAGAAGACAAAAAAUGUAAAGUAGCUCUUAGGAAUUGGUGCGCUAUUAUACGGGACUGGAGUAUUAAUGAAUUCGUUGAAUACUAUAAUAAACCUAAUGUAAAACCGUAUUUUAACGCGUACGCUAGAGGGCCUGGAACAGUUUAUUACGAUAUCGAUAAAUCCGUUUCAAUAGCUUCCGAGUUAUUGAUGUAUCAAUUUGAAAAUAACGACGGUCUUAUUUGUCGAUUUUUGCAAACUCUAGUCAAUAUAUUGGAUAAAAAAAUUCCGAAAAGAAAUAGCAUGCUAAUACAUUCUCCCCCCAGCGCGGGCAAAAAUUAUUUUUUCGAUGCCGUGGCCGCCUUUUUUUUGAAUUACGGUAUGUUCGGAACUGCCAACAAAACGAAUAAUUUCAGUUUCUCCGAUGGUGCCGGCAAACGUCUCGUCAUUUGGAACGAACCUAAUUACGAGGUGUAUCAUUUGGAAAAAAUGAAGGAACUAUUAGGAGGGGAUACCACUAGAGUACAUGUCAAAUACAAAAACGAUGUUCCCCUACAAGGGCCCCCGAUAAUAUUAUUGACCAAUCACUAUUUAUCAAUAAUCAAUGACCCGUCGUUCAAGGACCGUUUAUCAGUGUACACAUGGAUUAGCGCACCUUUCCUAAAAAUGUAUAAUAAAAAACUUUCUCCGUUAUUUUUUUAUCAUUUAUUAAAUAAAUACAAUAUUACAUAUUAUUGAA